AUGUCAACCGCUGCUGAUAAGGCCCGUUUCUUUCUGGAGAAAUCAGUUCCAGAGCUCAAGGAGUACGAACGGAAGAAGAUCUUCAAUAAGGAUGAAAUCUCAGCCAUUAUAAAAAAGAGGUCGGACUUCGAGCACAAGCUGAACGCCCGUGGAGCGCAACCUUCAGACUUUAUCCGAUAUGUGGAGUACGAGAUAAACCUAGACACCCUACGGCGCAAGAGGGUGAAGCGAUUGGGCGUUAGGUAUGCCGGAUACUCUGGACAACGACGGAUAUUCUUUAUUCUGGAUCGAGCAACUCGUAAAUUCCAUGGUGAUCUUGGUUUAUGGGUCCAGUAUGUCGAAUAUGCGAGGCAACAAAAGUCCUUCAAGAAACUUUGUUCUGUCUUCACGGACGCCCUACGGUUUCACCCAACCAGUGCUGAAUUGUGGAUAUAUGCCGCGCAAUAUAACUUGGAAGACCAUGCCGAUAUGUCUCAAGCCCGAAGUUACAUGCAGCGUGGGCUGAGAUUUUGCAAGAGCUCAAGGAAACUCUGGAUCCAAUACGCGAAGUUGGAGUUAAUUUACACGGCCAAACUUAUUGCCCGACAACGCAUUUUGGGACUUGAUAAAGAGGUCGAGUCCCCCGAACCCGCAGAGGACUCGACGGACGAUCCUAAUGCCGACAUGAUCACGCUACCAAAAAUCACCGAGGAAGACAUCAACCCAAGCGCUGGAGAUGCAGAUGGUGUGGACCAAGUGGCAUUACAGACCUUGAACUCGACGCCUGCACUUAGCGGUGCUAUCCCCAUGGCUAUUUUCGACACUGCGAUGAAAAAUUUCAACAACGAUGACAAAUUUGGGCACGAGUUCUAUAACAUGGCCCUUGAAUUCGAAGCCGUGCCAUGCCUGCGCAAGAUCCUGGAACAUGUCGUUGCGGUGAUGCAGGAAACCAACCCAGACAGCUACCUUGCGCAGAUUUGCCAUAUAAGGCUUCCAACCGCCGGCAUCCACCCCACUUCACCCGAGUUCCCGCGAGCUCUUGGUACAUCAUUGGCCCGUCUAAAAGGCCAUUGGGAAGACCCUCGUGUCGCCAAGGAGGUUAUCAACUGGAUGCAGUCGUUGGAGACAAGGGAAGAUCUAGACCCAUCCUUGCGAACAGUAGCAACAGUGACUAUUCAGAAUGCGCAGCAAGUUCUUCAGCAAUAG